AAAACACUGACCUGAGCGUUUCCCCGGCCUCCUCAUCGUCUCGCGCAGCAGAGCUUUUCCCUCCGCUCUCUAUCACCUCGCCCCCGCCGCGAUCGUGUAGUAGAGGGAGCGAGAAAAACGGCAAGGGCAAUAGAAUUCCGUUUUGCCGCGAAGCCCUAGGCUACGAUUCCCUAGCAGCUGCUCCGGCGCGUGUGGUGUUCCUCCACUCGAGGGAAUAGAGACAUUUCACUCUAGAAGGACAUAUAUAGUCCUUGCUGGAAGUCGAUACUGGGUUGCUCCCUCCACAACCGGCCUGAAAAGUCCACUGGACAAGCUUAUUCUCAUCCUUAUCUAAAUCGUAUUCUUAUUCCCCACUCUACAGUCCCCUAGACUCUUACUUCUACGAGUAGUAAUAGUAGCAGUAUUUCUUAUUCGUACUGUAGCUCACCAACCACCACCAUUCUCCGCAGCACCAGCAGCAGCAGCAGCAGCAGCAGCAGCACUCGAUCACCAUGGCUACUACGAGCAGUAGCGAGACGGCGGCGGCGGCGCGUCAGCAGCUGAUGUACCACAUUCACGAGCUCCGCGCGCUUCUAGCCGAGGUCCCUCCUGACGCGGCGGCGGCGGCGGCAGGGGGUGUUGCGCCGCGAACCCCGCAGGCUGCGGAAGAGCAAGACGCGACGCGGCGGCAGCAACCGGAGCCCGCGGCGGCAGCAGACGGCAGUCCUCUAACAGACGAACAGCAGCGGCAGCGUGGGAUGGAGCUGCUCGGCGCGCUGCUGCCCAUUCUCGCGACGGCGUCCAAGUCCGCCGCGAGCCUGGUGCGCGGGUCAAGCGUGGCCGCCGCCGCCGCCGGUGGCUCCCACGCCUCUCAUCAGGCGUCUGCUGCUGCUGCUGCUGCUGCUGCCGCGGCUGCUGCUGAGCCUGAAUCUGAACCACCCGUCUCGCCUCCUCUCUCCCCCCCAAUGUACGGAAACGCGCGCGGACCGGCGAUUAGCAGGCCCGCCUCCCCCGAGCAGACCUUCCCGUGUCCCGCCUCCCCCGAUCCCGCCUCCCCUGUGGAUACAGUCGCUGGUGAAAUCGCCUCCUCUGCUGGGGGCUCGGACGAGCAGCCCCCUCCACCGAUCUCAGCCGUCCGAAACGCGGCUGAGAUGGGGUAUCACAGCACAGCCCUGCCGCAGUUAUCCCCGAUAGAGACAUUCGCGUUUGGAGACGGCGGUAUGCCCUGGUGCUUCCAGCAGUAUAGCGCGGGAGGCGGGCUGUGCUCGGCUGGACCUGGACCGCAAGAUCUUAUGCAGUUCCUGCCGGUGAGAGGGGGGAGCGGAGAGGCGGCGCUGGAGCCACCACAGCAGCAGCAACAGCAGCAGGCUCCAGCUGCAAGCUCCGCUGCUCUCCCCCGGCGCAACCUUCCUCUGAAGCUCCAGCCGCUGGAACUACCAGAGUCGUCCUGCUGGCUAGGAGAGGAGGAGAGAGAAGCAGCGGAGGGGGGAGAGGAGGAGCUACCCGCCUCCAUGGGGCCUGGCUCUCCCUACUCUCCGUGCUACUCUGCACUGCACUUGGCGGAGGACAGCGAUUCGUACCUGCCGACUCACUUCGCGCCUCAGGAUGUUGCUGCUGUUCCGUCCGUUUCCUCUGUCCCCUCAAUGAUUUCCUCUGUGCGCCCUGUGGUGUCUGUGCCGCUGCCGCUCAGCCCUGGGCCGAUGCGCGCGCUGGUGUCCUCCUCCCGAUCGGCCGUUCGCCAAGUGUCGUCUCACAAGCUCCGCCCGUCUGCUACGCUGUCUCUGCGCUUCACACCCCCAGCCACGCCAACCACUCCCAUGACUCCAACCACCCCGGCCUCCUCCUCUUGUGGGUUUCUCACCUCAACCGCACCAAACACUCCCGCUUCUCCUUUCACUCCGGCGUCGCCUGUCACACCGGCCACCCCCGUGGCAGCAGCAGCAGGAGAGGGGGAUGAGGCAGCAGCAGCGGCUGCUCUGCCGGCUCAGUUGGACGCGCUCCUGCGUGCCCUGCUGCUGCAGAAGAUUGCUGCUGCUGCCGACGCACAGCUCGCACAGCAGCAGCAGCAGCAGCAACAGGAACAGCAGCAGCAGGAGCUUCUGUGCAGCGAGGCUGCUACCGCAACACCAGCUGGCUCCCAAACAGCCGCAGCAGCAGCAGUCACGGAAGCAAUGAGAGGAAUGGGUCAGUCCGCAGGAGGCGCAGACUUGGCCGUAUCAGACCCCCUGGCGCGCCUCAUGGAGAGCAUUCCCCAGGACGGCUACCAGUGGCGCAAGUACGGGCAGAAAACCGCCAAGGGCGCCAAGUUUCCCCGCGCUUAUUUCCGCUGCGCGCUGCACGGGUGCCCCGCGAGGAAGACAGUGGAGCUGGCUGAAGACGCUGCCUCCACCCGAGUGGUGUACAGAGAGGAGCACAGCCACGGCCCUGCCGCUGCACCUGCUGCUGCUGCCGCUGCUGUGGUGGCGAAUGGAGGGCAACUGGCUGGGAGCCUGGACAGCCACUUGAGCAGCAGCAGUGGGAGCAUUGGUGAGGAAAGCAGGCAGCAGCAGCAGCAGCUGUAUCAGAAAGCGCAGAUGCUACCUGGUCAAGGCAUGGGGGGUCUGUGCGGGAACAAGCGACAGCGAGAGUCAGAAGACAAUAGCCUAUGCUGCCCCAUGGAAGUGGAGGGUGCAGCCCAGCUUGGAGCUCCUAGCAACCCUUGCAAGAGGCAGAAGGUGCAGACAAGCCCUGUCAACACUCCGCCACUUUCCCCUUCACCGUCGCCCCCGCCCCCUCUGUCGUUUCCUCUCAGCCCUGCGACUGUGGCUGGAGGCUCAGCAGUGACCACACCUGUGCCGUCUCCUCCCCCGUCUCCUUGUGGAAGAGCCAUGAGCCCCGUGAGUCCCAUGAGCCCUAUGAGUCCCAUCCAUCAGCUACCCAUUCCGCACUUGCAACAUCAGCACCAGCAACCACAGCAGCAGCAGCAGCAGUUGAUGCAUCGUGUGGCUACGACCAAGGACGAGAUUGAUGAUGGGUACCGGUGGCGCAAGUAUGGAGAGAAGGCUCUCAAGCAAACAAACUUCAAGCGCAGCUACUAUCGGUGUAGCCAUGAUGGGUGCUUGGCCAAGAGAGUGUUGGAGAGGAGGCCAGAGGAUCCGAGCAUUCUCCUGGUUUCAUAUCGAGGUGGUCACAGCCAUAAGCGGCCAAUUGUAGCACGAAUCAUUCACUCCCAUGGGUUCAUUAGAGUUCAGGGCCCCGUGCAUGCUAUUCCAUGAAUGGCUUGAUUUGAUGCUAGUUGUUGAAAUUGUAUUUUUCUACUCGUUACAAGUAGCACACUUUGGUUCUGCUUGUUUAUGUCACUAUACUGGUUUUAUGCAAUUA